UGCAUUGGAGCGAGGGCCUGGGGGAAGGGAAGGACAGAUUGAACCUGCCCCCUCCGCCUGCUGCUCUUGUUGACUAAUCUCACUGCGUGAGUACAACUAGGCAUCCACCCUUGCUCACAAACUCUCCUGGCACCAUUCGAUGCCACUGGCAGCUCGGAUAGAAUGUGGGAAUACUGUUCGGAUGUUCCAACGAGAGAAACAUGAGGGUGGGCAGUUGGACAUCUGUGGAAACACACCUGCAGAGGAAACUAGCUGAGGACCAUUUCAUGUAAAGCUGAGGGACUUCUACGGUUAAUAACGUGUCGUGAUUCACUAGUUAUAGUAUAUACUUUUUUAAAUGAGAUUUUUUCUCCAAUAAUUUUUUUUUCUGGAGGUCUUGUUUUAAUAAGCAUCCUUGACAAAUAAGAAGCCAUGUCGACUGCUCAAGCUUUACAACACAGCGGUGUCUACAACUAUUUCCUCAACAUGGUGGCUUAUCAGAUAUGCUGCUGCUGUGGCCCGGCACCAUGUUCCCUGUGCUGCUCCUUCUGUCCGCCCGUCAAAUCAUCAUCCAGCACGCGGGUCAUGUACACAUUAUUCCACAUCCUGGCCUGCACUGUCUCAUGCCUCAUGCUGUCUAAGACCGUGUCCGAGGCCGUGAGGGAGAAUGUGCCUUUCUUUAAUGUGGUGUGUGAUGAGGCUCAUGGUGGAGGAGACUGUCAGAUGUUGGUGGGCUACUCUGCAGUCUACAGGGUGUGUUUCGGCACAGCUUGUUUCUACUUGAUGAUGGCCAUCUUCCUCAUCGAUGUGAAGUCCAGUCAGGAUUUCCGAGCCCUCAUCCAUAACGGGUUCUGGUUUCUGAAGUUCAUCACCAUGCUUGGAAUGAUCGCUGCUGCCUUCUUUAUUCCCACAGAAUCCUUUUUGCAUGCCUGGCAUUACGUUGGAGUGGUGGGAGGCUUUUCUUUUAUCCUAAUUCAACUCAUUCUCAUCACAGCUUUUGCUCAUACCUGGAAUAAAAACUGGUUAACCGGUGCAGCUGAGAAUAAAAGGUGGUACGUGGCAGUCAUGUGUGCUACCCUCUUUUUCUACACCAUCGCCACCAUGGCCUUCACUUUCAUGUACAAAUUCUACACUCACCCAGCGGGAUGCCACCUGAAUAAAGCCCUGCUAUGGACUAACCUGGCCCUCUGCACCUUCAUGUCUUUUAUUGCAGUCACUCCCUGCGUGCAGCAAAAGCAGCCUCGCUCAGGACUGCUGCAGGCUUCCAUCAUUUGCUGCUAUGUCAUGUACCUGACCUUCUCUGCUCUGUCCAGCCGCCCACCAGAAAAAGUGGAGUAUCAGGGGGUCAACAUGACGGUGUGUUACCCCAAAGUCAGCAGGGAUGAGAUUCAAAAUGAAGGCAAUGCCGUGGCCAUUAUUGGGGCUGCAAUCAUGUACUGCUGUGUUCUCUUUGCAUGCAAUGAGGCUUCAUACUUAGCUGAGGUCUUUGGACCUUUCUGGAUGAUAAAAGUUUACCGCUAUGAGUUCCAAAAAGCCUCCUGCUGCUUUUGCUGCCCAGAGGCAGAAGAUGAGGAGGAGUUUGUCAUUGACGAGAACAAAGGCUGUCAGAAAGUCAUCCACAAUGAGACCCAGCGCGUUGCCUACAGCUACUUUUUCUUCCAUUUUGUUUUCUUUCUGGCGUCCCUGUACGUAAUGAUGACCCUCACUAACUGGUUCAGUUAUGAGACUGCUGUGCUGGAGACAACCUUCACCCACGGGAGUUACUCCACGUUCUGGGUCAAGCUCUCUUCCUGCUGGGCGUGUGUUGUUCUGUAUCUGUGGCUCCUCCUGGGUCCCCUGUGCCACUGCCAGUCUGAUCACAAACGGCCUCGCCGCGCCCGCAUCAAGAGACGAACCACCUCCCACCGCCAUGUUAGCGUCAGCGUGUAAAUCACACAAAACAGA